CAUUAGGAAGUCAAUGUCAAGCUACCCGGUGAGGCUGUCUGUAUAUUUGACGCCGUUGCAGGAGUUAUGAAUUGAUCAUAUAUUUUCAGAAAGGUCAUUGUGACUUCAGAUUUACUCCUCGGAGGAAAAUUCGUGCCGUUUUGACUUUUUAAACCGCUUUCGGAAUGAGACUGUAAACCCUAAAAUAGCAUCACUAUGAGAUGCUAAGAAGAGGAAGCUAGCGUUACCCAAUCAGGAAUUUAGUGUUUUGCUUCCGAGUUUCUCAUUUACCAAGGAGAACGUCAUGGCAUGGUAACGGCUGGAAGCGAUGGGGUUUUUCAGGCAGCUCUACCUUCUCCUCUGGAAAAAUGUCACGUACCGCAGGCGGAAUAAGAUCCAGCUGUUGAUCGAGCUCCUCUGGCCUCUCUUCAUCUUUGUCAUCCUCAUCUCUGUUCGUCAUUCACACCCUCCUUUCAAACAAGGCCAAUGUCACUUCCCAAACAAAGCGAUGCCGUCGGUCGGCACCGUUCCCUGGAUUCGAAGCAUCGUCUGCAACAUCAACAACCCCUGCUUCCACAGCCCAACGCCGGGGGAAACGCCGGGCCAAGUGGGAAACUUUGACAACUCCAUACUGUCUCGUCUUUUUGUGGAUGCUCAGACGGUUUUGUCCGACAGAGGAAAUCGGAGCUUCUCCAGUUUUCUGAACCUGAUGGGAAGUGUCCGGCUCCUGAGGGAAAGAUCUAAAUCGCUGCCAAGUCUCCCUCUUAAAGAAUACCUGAUACCCAAUGAGACGUUCUCCAGAUAUCUCCUGAGCAACGGAAACCUGUCGUCUUCAGGUUGGUCAUCAGUGGACCACCUGAUGAACGCUCGCCUUAAUAUUCAGGCUCUGCUGAAUAGUGUCCAGGUGCCGCUGAAAGACUUGGUGUGCAAUGCAACCCUGCUGGGAGAGCUGCUGUCUGUGGACGGAGGAGCCGCCAACAUGGCGACUCUUACGAAGGAGCUUUGUGCGCUUUCUGAUGAUGUCCUGCGUGACGCUGAGCGCCUCUUUCUCUCUCAGCUUGACCUGACCAAGCUCCUCACAAGAAACCGUCUAAUUGGCAGCGCCGAUGGGGUCAGGAUCGUCAGUCAGACCAUCAGCUCGGGUUCCCGGGAGCUCGCUGUCCUCAUAGAUGAUUUGUCCUCCCUUUCCAGUUUUGCAGAAAUGAGCGCAGCUCUUAGUCUUCUGUCUCCUGAAAACCAUGCAGCUCUGCCCAGAGAAAGCUUCAGAGCUUUUUCACAGAUCGUGUGCGGCCAUCCCGAAGGUGGUGGUGAACGCGUCCCGUCACUCAACUGGUAUGAAGACAACAGCGUCAAGUCGUUCUUAGGCAGAAACGACACGGAGGACGUGGUGCUAGACAUCGACAACAACACAACACCUUUUUGCAAAGGUUUGAUUCAAACACUGGAGUCGAAUCCUCUUUCUCGCAUCGUGUGGAGAGGAAUUAAACCUCUGUUCAUCGGAAAACUGUUGUACACACCGGACACUCCUGUAGUUCGAGAAGUCAUGAAAGAGGUGAACAAAACAUUUGAAGACCUCCAGAUUCUUCAGGAUCUGAAUGAUGCCUGGAUGGAGGUGGGACCAGAAAUCAAGAACUACAUGGAGACCAGUGUGGAGAUUAAGCUUCUGAAGUAUUUGCUGAGCCGUCCAGAAAUUGCGUUCUUGGUGAACAGGAGUUUGAAAAACACAACGUGGACGGUGUCGCGGAUCGCUCAUUUCCUGUCCACGCCGUCGCCGGACACGCCGAGGAAACCUGGAGCGCCGCCAACCUGGCUGGACGUCUACAACAACAUUGAAAACACCGUCGGCACGCUUUCACAAGUCUCCAAGUGUUUCAGUUUGGACAAGCUGGAGGGUCUGGACUCGGAGGGUCAGCUGAUCAACAGAGCUCUGGAGCUGCUGGAGGACAGGCAGUUUUGGGCAGGUGUGGUUUUCCUGCUGCCCAACGCGUCCUCAUCGCAGCUCCCGCCCCACGUCAUCUACAAGAUUCGAAUGGACAUCGAUGAUGUGACCAAGACCAAUAAGAUUAAAGACAGGUUUUGGGAUCCGGGUCCAGCUGCCGACCCGUUCGCCGACAUGCGCUACAUUUCGGGCGGUUUUGUCUACAUUCAGGACCUGGUAGAGAGAGCUGUGAAUUAUGUUCUAACUGGAGUUAAACAGACUACCGGCAUCUACGUCCAGCAGAUGCCAUAUCCCUGUUAUGUGGACGAUGUCUUCCUCCGAGUGCUGAACCGCUCCCUGCCUCUCUUCAUGACUCUGGCAUGGAUCUACUCAGUGGCCAUGAUCAUUAAAGGCGUGGUGUAUGAGAAGGAGGCCCGGCUGAAGGAAACCAUGAGGAUUAUGGGUCUCAGCACAGGAACGCUGUGGCUCAGCUGGCUCAUCAGCAGCAUUGUCCCCUUCCUGAUUUCUGCUGUGCUGCUCAUUGGCAUCCUUAAGUGGGGGGAUAUUUUGCCUUACAGCGACCCGACUGUGGUCUUUUUUUUCCUCAUGGCGUUUGCCACCGCCACCAUCAUGCAGUGUUUCCUCAUCAGCACCUUUUUCUCCAAAGCCAACCUGGCUGCUGCCUGUGGAGGGCUCAUCUACUUCAGCCUCUACCUGCCCUAUGUGCUGUGUGUCGCCUGGAGAGAUCACCUCACCACCACACACAGGGUCUUAGCUAGUUUCUUGUCUCCUGUGGCCUUUGGUUUUGGCUGUGAGUAUUUCUCUCAGUACGAGGAGCAAGGCAUAGGGAUUCAGUGGUUCAACCUGCGGACCAGCCCUGUGGAAGGAGACGCGUACAGCUUCACCACCUCCAUAUCCAUGCUUUACGUGGACGCCUUCAUCUAUGCCAUUGCAGCCUGGUACAUUGAAGCAGUGUUUCCUGGUCAGUAUGGCAUCCCCAGGCCUUGGAACUUCAUCUUUCAGCUCAACUACUGGGGUGGGAUUCCUUUAGAAGCAGGCAUGCCGAUCCCUCCGGCUCCCACCGAUCAGGAUGAAGAUCACAUUGAAGCAGAACCCAACAAUAUGAAUCUUGGUGUGAACAUCAGAAAUUUGGUAAAAAUCUACAAGAAGGGAGGGACGGUUGCUGUCAACCAUCUAAAUCUGAAGUUUUUCGAGGGGCAGAUCACCUCCUUCCUCGGCCACAACGGAGCCGGCAAAACCACCACCAUAUCCGUCCUGACUGGGCUGUUCCCUCCCACCUCUGGGACCGUGUACGUGAAGGGCCUGGACAUCCGCUACGACAUGGACAUCAUCCGGAAGACGCUGGGCGUUUGUCCGCAGCACAACAUCCUCUUUGACAUGCUGACAGUGGAGGAGCAUGUGUGGUUUUACGGCUGCCUGAAGGGUUUGCCUGAAGAAAAGGUGAUGGAUGAAAUGAACGCUCUGUUGGAGGACGUCGGCCUCUUGCAAAAGCGUCAUGAUCAGACCAGAAACCUCUCUGGUGGAAUGCAGAGGAAGCUUUCUGUGGCGAUCGCCUUUGUUGGCGGCUCCAAAGUGGUCGUCCUGGAUGAGCCCACAGCUGGCGUCGACCCGUACUCCCGCAGAGGGAUCUGGGAUCUGCUGCUCAAAUAUCGCGAAGAUCGAACCAUCAUUCUGUCCACUCACUACAUGGACGAGGCGGAGCUGCUUGGUGACCGCAUCGCCAUCAUCUCCAAUGGGAAACUGUGCUGCUGCGGAUCGCCGCUCUUCCUCAAAUCCAAGCUGGGAUCUGGUUACUACCUGACCUUAGUGAAGAGUGAGGAGCUAAGCACCAGCACUCCCAGUUAUUCCAGUAUCUGCACCAGUGCCAGCACCAGCACCAACAAGCUACCUCCUUUAGUAAAGGACAGUGAGUCGUCACUGAGUGAAGACACCGGGCUGGGAAGUGAGGACACCAGUUCCUACAUGGCAGCUCUGCUGGCGCUCCUGCAGCAGCAUAUUCCAGGCGCGAGGUUAGUGGAGGAGUCUAGAAGAGAAGUCGUGAUCAACCUGCCGCAAGCAGCCGCCAAGGAUGGCAGUCUGGGCCUCUUCCUUUCCAAACUGGACGAGCGGCUUCCAGAGCUGGGCGUCAGCAGCUACGGCCUGUCAGACAGCACGCUGGAGGAGAUUUUUCUUCGAGUGGCGGAGGAAACCGGAGUGGAUGCUGAUCCAGCAUCAGAGCAGCCAGAAGAAGAGCCCAGUGGCCCGCAGCCAUCAGGACACAAAGCUCAGGAUCCACCUGCUGAGGAACCAGAACCAGGAAGGAAAAGACUUCGUAAGAAAGAACCGAAGGAGACGGACCCGCUGAGUGAAGACGGGCGAUGCGGGACGCCGCUGACCGGCUGGUGGCUGACAUGGCAGCAGCUCCGAGCGCUCUUCGUCAAACGCUGGCUGUACGCUCGACGGAGCCGCCGGGGGCUCUUCGCUCAGAUUGUUCUGCCGGCUGUGUUUGUGCUGAUCGCUCUGCUCUUCAGCCUCAUCGUUCCUCCGUUCGGGAAGUACCCCCCCCUGGAGCUGCAGCCCUUUAUGUACGGAGAUCAGUACACCUUCUUCAGCAACGACGAUCCUGGCAACCCAGCCAUGGAGAACCUGCAGAAGGUUCUGCUGGACCAGCCGGGUUUUGGCACCAAGUGCAUGCAGAGAGAAGAGCAGGACAACAACAAAACGAAUCCUCAGUGUGAACCUGAGAGCAGGGUCCGCUUUGUGCGGCCCCAGAUGUCGCUCUCCACCUGGAAGAUGCUGAGCCAAGGCAACUGGACCAGAGACAGACCUUCCCCAGAAUGUCAGUGCAGCACGGAGGACUCCCGCCGGAUGCUUCCAGAUUGCCCGGACGGCGCCGGUGGGAUUCCCCCUCCACAGAUGAAGAGAGCCACUGGGGAUGUUCUCCAGAAUCUGACGAGGCAUAACAUCUCAGAUUACCUGGUGAAGACUUACCCGCAAAUCCUCAAGAAAAGCCUUAAAACCAAGAAGUGGGUGAACGAAAUCAGAUAUGGAGGCUUCUCUCUCGGAGGCAACAUCUCCCAGAAUAUCUCUCAGGUCCAGGAUCUCCAGGACUCCAUCAUGGCAAUCCGGUCUCAAUAUCAAGUAGAACAGAACAGUUCACUGGAUCGACUGCUGAAGAAGCUGCCGGGGUUUUUGGGAGAAAUGCACACCGUGAACAACGUCAAGGUGUGGUACAACAACAAGGGCUAUCACGCCAUGGUGUCGUAUGUGAACGUGAUGAACAACGGCCUGCUGAGAGCCAGUCUGCCGCCCGGACCGGAGCGGGGGAGACACGGCAUCACCGUCUACAAUCACCCGCUCAACCUCACCAAGAAGCAGCUUACUGAAAUAGCAAUGAUGUCGACCUCAGUGGACGUUCUGGUUUCCAUCUGUGUGGUCUUUGCCAUGUCCUUCGUGCCGGCCAGUUUUAUUCUCUUCCUGAUUGAGGAGCGAGUCAGUAAAGCCAAACAUUUGCAGUUUGUCAGCGGAGUGAAGCCAAUCCUGUACUGGCUGACCAACUUCGCCUGGGACAUGCUGAACUAUUCUGUCCCGGCCACGAUGGUUGUGCUGAUCUUCAUCAGUUUUCAGCAGCAGUCCUACGUCUCCGACACCAACCUGCCGGCUCUGAUCCUCCUGCUGCUCUUCUACGGGUUUUCCAUCACUCCUCUGAUGUACCCAGCAUCCUUUGUUUUCUCCGUUCCAAGCACGGCUUAUGUUGUUCUGACUUCCCUCAACCUCUUCAUCGGCAUCAACGGGAGCAUCGCCACCUUCGUCCUGGAGUUGUUUGUAGAUAAGCAUCUGAAUGAGGUCAACAGGAUCUUAAAGAAAGUGUUUUUGAUUUUCCCACAUUUCUGCCUGGGUCGAGGUCUCAUCGACAUGGCUAAAAACCAAGCCCUGGCCGACGCCUUCCAGAGACUCGGAAGCAAACUGUCUCUUCACCCUCUUCAGUGGGACUUUGUUGGGAAGAAUCUGUUUGCGAUGGCAGCUGAAGGCGUCAUCUUCUUCAUCUUCACCAUACUCCUGCAGUACAAGUUUUUAAUUCCCUCCAGGCCGUGGUGGAACGAUCCUCAGCUUCCUCCUCUUGGUCCAGAGGAUGAAGACGUAGCGAGAGAACGUGAACGAGUGAAAAGUGGCAAAGCCCAGUCUGAUAUCCUCACCAUGAUUGAUCUGAGCAAGGUUUAUAAAGCUGGAAAAAAGCCAGCUGUGGAUCAACUUUGCCUCGGGAUUCCCCGCAGUGAGUGUUUCGGCCUGCUUGGCGUGAACGGAGCAGGGAAGACGUCCACGUUUCGCAUGCUGACUGGAGACACACCCAUCACACACGGAGAGGCUUUCCUCAACCAGCACAGUGUGCAGACAGAGAUGGAGCGCGUCCACCAGCUGAUGGGUUACUGUCCGCAGUUUGAUGCCAUCAGUGACAUGCUGACGGGUCGGGAGCAUCUGGAGCUCUACGCUCGGCUCAGGGGGGUUCCAGAGGAUUCUGUUGGCAAAGUGGCGCAGUGGGGGGUGAAGAAGCUGGGGUUGACCCAGUAUGCCGAGCAGGAGGCUGGAGGAUACAGCGGAGGCAACAAGAGGAAACUUUCCACGGCUAUCUCCCUGAUCGGAGCGCCUCCUGUUAUAUUCCUGGAUGAGCCCACCACUGGAAUGGACCCAAAGGCCAAACGAUUUCUGUGGAACUGCAUCCUGAGUGUCACGAAAGAAGGCAGAGCCGUCGUCCUCACGUCUCACAGCAUGGAGGAGUGUGAGGCUCUUUGCACCAGGAUGGCCAUCAUGGUGAACGGCAGAUUUCAGUGUCUGGGAUCCGUGCAGCACCUCAAGAACCGAUUCGGAGACGGAUACACCAUCAUUCUCCGUCUGGCGGACACCAAACUGGACGCCGAGUCCUGUCCCAUCGACGCCUACAUGAGGACGUCGUUUCCCGCCAUCGAGCUGAAGGAGCGACACCAGAGCAUCCUACAAUACCAGCUGCCAUCGCACGCCUGCUGCCUGGCCCGCGUCUUUGACGUUCUGGCCAACAACUACGAGGAGCUCGGCGUCGUGGACUUCUCCGUCUCGCAGACCACCCUGGAUCAGGUAUUUGUCAACUUUGCGAAGGAGCAGACUGAUGACGACUGCCUCACUGACGUGAUCAUCGGUAACGGCGUGGCGCAGCUAAACCUUCACGCCAGAAUAAAUCCUUUCGCCGUCAAACCCCAACAGCCCCCAACACCACCUCAGCUGAGGAAAUCCCCACAGCUUCCUGCCAAAUCACCCGACGGCAAUCCGAAGGAAGCCAAGCCGAAAAAGGCCAAGGCCAGAAAGGUCAGUUCAAACGGGGAGACGAGCGGCGGCGUGCCCAUGAGCAGAUCACCUCAGGGAGAGGAAGUGGGUCCGGAGGCGGGCAGCAGCAACAGAGGACUUCAGGGGGAGUCCAGCAAAUCUCACCGGUCGAAACACAGAGAGGAGAGCUCCAGCAAAGACCCGGCUGCGCUCUUCAUAGUCGGCAGCAUCCCACAGGAAGGCUCGGUGUUCAUUCACCCGAAUGGUGCAGAGUUCACACAAACUCUCCGGAGUCAGAAGUGAACGAUGUUCUUCCUUUAACGGCUGCGGUGCCUUGUUCACCUCGCUACGUAUUUGUAGCUUUAUACGCGUUUAAAAACAAGCCUGAGAGUAACUGUUUGGUCUGUUCUGCUUGUCCUGAAGGAAUACUGUGAAGAAACAGAGUUUAUUUCUCAGGUUUCCUUUACUUCGUCUUUUAUUUAUGUAUUUUUCCCAGAGAGCACUUUAUGCAAGAUGCUGCAAAGAAUCAAACAGUAGCAGAUUAAAUGUUACUUAUUAUGGGGAUUUUA